ACUAUGUAUUAGCACUCAUCUAUAGAUUGAAUUCCUAACCUGUUCUAGCUAUCAUCAAUCGAUAAAUCGGCGUCAUACUAUCCCACCAUUCCCAGCCAGGGUCAAGGCUCGAUGAUCGACGCAGGGAUUUUAAUAUCCACCAAUUCGCAUCACCAGACAUAACUGCCCAGUGCCCAGUCGUUGUGCUCCUAACAUUAGGAAAUUGCUUGGCUCAAGCUUGUUUAAUGUUUAAUCUUGAUAAUUCCUAGGGGUUUUUGUUUCAGAUCUUUUAUCUCACCGACUCGAAGUAAAUCAUUACCAUAACUCCUAUUACGAGAGAAGAAUCGACACUUAUUUUUUUUGAAUUGAAUAGACGCUCAAUUUCAAUCGACGUCAAUCGAUCAUAGCAGAUCUCAUCGUCUUCCGUGCGGGGUGAUUUUCGGACUAGCGGGCGCAAUCAGAAGCAAGACAUACAAAGCUCCGAUAAUCGCAAAAUAGCAAAACAGCAAAUUCCAAGAUGAGCGGCGACUCCCUUACAAUUCCCGUCAGGAAAGGGACCAAUUUCAGCGACUUGGAAGCUGUACCAGAUAUUGAUCCUACUACUACUGCCGGUUUACUCGCCGAAAGACUUCAAGCCUGGAAACAUGCCGUAGGAUAUCUAGAAGAUUAUGUCGGGGCGGUAGAGAAGGUUCAUAAAGCGCACUCCAAAGAGUAUGAGAAGGUGCUUAAGACGAUCUCUCAUCCUCUAAAGGAGGGGGCGCACUUUGACCAAGGUCUUGGCGGAGUUGCCGGUUUCUUUGAAAAUAUGCGAGUCAACACACAGGCUAUGAUCAAUUCGAAUGCGGAAACGGAAAAAACUCUAAAGGGCUCUGUCCUACCUAUUCUUGAGCGACUACACAAGGAGAUUAAGGCGAAGCAAAAGGAGGUGUCGCAUGGAGUUGAAAAGGGUGCGAAAGAGAUCGAGAAGGCUAGAAACACCACCCAGAAGCAAAUCGAACUUCUUGGUCAGCAUACUGCAGCCUUCGAGUCAACGGGUGGUAAGAUGACUCCGAGCGACGAUCCUUAUGUCAUCCAGCGAGGCGUCAUCCAUAGGUUGAACAAACAGGUCAUCGAAGAGAACAACCACAGAAAUGACCUGAUCAAUGUCCAGGACAGCUUCAAAGCCUUCGAGGCUCAUGUAGUUGAGGUGGUCCAACAAUCAAUGGAUGCAUUGAACCAGGUUGCCGGCGGGCAGGCUGAGAAGACGAGAGCGCUCUACACCGACAUGUUAGGUGCAGCGCAACGUAUCCCGGGCGACUUUGAAUGGCAGGGUUUCGUUGCUCGUGACGGUCAUCGCCUUGUUGACCCGAAUGAUCCGCCGCGAACUGUGGAGGAACUUGUGUUCCCCAACCAAAACCAUACUUCAACCAAGGCGCUCAUCGAAGGCAGUCUAGAACGCAAGUCACGCAAUAAGCUGUCUUGGGGUACACAAUCCGGAUACUAUGUGGUGACUCCGUCUAAAUUCUUGCAUGAGUUUAAAGACGACGAUAACUUGCGAUAUGAUCCAAAACCGGAGCUUUCCAUCUAUCUCCCGGAUGCCGUCCUCGGUGCUCCUAGCGGGGACAAAUUCUCCGUUAAGGGAAAAGACAAGAGUAAGAGCAUUAGCAGCAAAAUCGCAGGGACUUCAGAGCUUAAUUUCAAGGCCCAUUCUUCUUCUGAGGCUCAAAAGUGGUUCGACGCUAUCCGGACUGCUGCCGGUGCAACAGGUGCUGCUUACGCGAGCCAACCAGUUUCACCUAUUGGUACUGUUAGCGAGACGAAGCCGAACCCAAAGAUUGACGCAGCCGCUGCCCAUAAAGAACAGGAUACCGGUAUUACGGGCGGCGAAACUGUCAGCAGUCCUACAGAGAUUUCGCCAAUUACCAAACAAGACACCAUUAAGAAUGGCUCUUCUACAGAUGAGAAGAAGGCGACUGCUUAGAGACGUAGCUUGCCCACCGUCCCAGUUCGGAAGAACUGGAAGGUCUUUUCGCGGCCGAGUCUGUAAUGGCUGGGGUGAGAUUAUAGUGAGAUGGGCUCGAAGAAUGAUUCAGCUUGAUCCAGCCUCAUUGACCUCAAGGUCCUUAACUAUCAGAGCGUUGGUCCGGUCUCGUACGAGUGAUUCUAGGCGGCGGCUAGGCAAUGUUCUCCUUGGGGCGCGGCGCAAUGGUCUUA